AAUAUAGAACUGAGCUAAUAUUUAAAGUUUUGCUAAGUUUUUGUAAUUUGCAAAGUUUUGGAAAUAUGCGAAGUAAUAUUCAAAGUUUGUUGGGAACAUGUUUGUGGAAGCCCGCUUCUUCAUUAGGAUGUCAUCGUCAGCUUCUUCAUGGACUUCGGCGAACAACCCAAUGUGCACCUGUGGGAAGCCAGCAAAACUUAGAACAUCGAAUACGCUAAGAAAUCCAGGCCGAUCAUUUUUUAGGUGUCCAAAUUAUAAUACAGAGAGAUUACUAUACUGCAACUAUUUCAAAUGGGCAAAUCGCAGUGAGGAAAGAGAAAAAGAUCUUAUGAAGAUAGAACUUGAGUUGUUAAGGAAUGAGGAAGAGCUUCGAAGAAGAGAUGAAGAGAUUGUGAAGUAUAAGUUGGGAAUCCACAACGACCAACUUGAUAUUAAAAGGCAACAAGCAGAGAUCCGGCGUGAACGCACACUACUUAAAAUCUCAUGGAUUAUUUUUAUAUUAAUUUCAUUGUAUUGUAUCUGUAAACAAUGAAACCAUAUUACUCGAGAGAAAUUUGUAUAUACUUUUGUGGCUUUUGUUGUGUAUAACCUUAAGCAACUAGUUGAGAAAUUUAGUUGUAAAUGAUGCAUGUGCAUCAAUAGUAUUGUAUAUAAUUUCAAUGUAUGAAGCUUGAAAUGUGA